GGCCAUGGGCUCCAUUCUAGAUGAUCUGAUCUAUAAGCGUGGUGAAUAUCAAGAGAACUGCUCACGGUUCCUGAAAGACACUUUCCCUACUGAAACUGGAAUUUUCUGCAAUGGAACGUUUGAUGUUUUUGCCUGCUGGCCACAUUCCUCUCCCGGGAUCGUAUCUGUACCCUGCCCUCCUUACUUACCAUGGAUCAAAGAAGGUGCUACUGGACACGUGUACAGGGAAUGCACGGUCGGUGGAACCUGGAGAACUGAGGAGAAUUCCAGCACUGUGUGGAGGAAUCAGUCAGAGUGUGAAAACCAUCAUUUCUUCAAGUCCGAGGAAGAAGAAGUGUUACGGCAGUCUGUGCUGAGAGUCUUGUCCAUUGUAGGAUACUCGCUGUCUUUUUCUUCACUUUGCUUGGCUGUUCUGAUCAUGAGUCUUCUGAGGAAGCUUCACUGUACGAGGAACUACAUCCACAUGAAUCUCUUUGUAUCAUUCAUAUUUAGAGCAACAGCAGUAAUUGUAAAAGAGGUUAUAUUACAAGUUGCAUAUACCAACCUGCCCAGGGAUGAGAUCGGAUGGAACAGCUACACCAAAUCUACGAUUUCAUUCGUCUGUAAGGCCUCAAAGGUGUCUCUGGAGUAUUUCGUGGGCUGUAAUUACUUCUGGCUGUUAGUGGAGGCCAUAUUCCUGCACACGCUGCUGUUCACCGCAGUUCUGACCCGGAAAAGACUUCUCAAGAAAUACAUGAUUAUAGGAUGGGGAACUCCAUUACUGUUUGUGAUUCCCUGGACGGUUGCCAAAGCUUUGUAUGAAAAUAAAAGCUGUUGGUUAAAUAACAUCAGCUGGAUCUGGUGGAUAAUCAGAGGCCCAAUAACAUUAUCAGUGAUUGUCAUUUUCUGCAUUUUUCUGAAAAUCAUCAGACUUUUGCUGUCUAAGCUGAAGGCUGACCAGGUGAAGUUCACUGACUACAGAUACAGUUUAGCCAGAGCCACGCUUGUGUUGAUUCCUCUGCUCGGGGUCCACGAGAUCGUCUUCACUGUAAUUAUAGAUGAAUCGGUCGAGGGAAUCAACCGCUACGCCCGAAACUUCAUCAAUCUGACCCUGAGCUCUUUCCAGGGUCUUUUAGUUGCAGUGCUGUACUGUUUUGCAAAUGAAGAGGUCCAGGCCGAGCUGAAGAAGAGGUGGCAGCUGUUUGUUUCCUCCAACCACUUCGAGGUGCACAACUGUUUCGCCGACAUUCACCUCAAACACCUGUGGAAGAGCUCUCAGAAGAGACCUGGACAAACCACAGAACAGAGUGAAUCCAAUGAGGAGGGAAGCCACGCCCCCACACAAGGACAUCAGCUGCAGGUGACCGUCCAAUCAGCAGAGGACGUGGUGUGUGGGCGGAGCUCCGGCCUGGAGUCCUGUAUGAGGAAGAGCCUCUCCAGCAGCGAUGGGGAGAUGACUUCAGGAGAGACCAUGGAGGAGAUCAUAGAGGAGAGCCAGUUUUAACGUCUUCUCCCUCGUCAUUCUGUCAGCAGCCCCUGCGUCUGAUUGAUUUCUCUAUAAAUAUGUAAUUAAGGAUGUAUAUAGAUAAUCUAACCACUGUAAAUGGCUUCCAUUAUAUUUUUAAUACCUGGUUUUUGUAUGUGUAUAUGAUGCAAGGUGUUUGAAAGGAGCUGCACAAUCUACGCUCUGAAAUGCUCAACAAAUUUAUUUUGUUGUUUAUUUGAAAUCGCUAAUUAAACAUUAGUUCAUCGAAGACUUGAUUCAGUUGAAGGGACACUGAACUGAAGAAGAGUGGUGAAGACAGGGAUGGACUGUGAUUGAAAAU